UGAUCACGUGGCUAUUGCGCGCGCAUGUCGAACGAGUGACAAAUGACAUAACCUCCAAAUCUGUCAAACUUACCAGUCUCAUCGAAUUGAUAUUUAUAACAACGAGCUUUUAAAAUGUCAUCCGUCAAGUUGUUAGAAGACAGAAUUGCUAAUUUAGAGAAACAAGUAUAUGGGCUUGGUAAAACAAUUAGUAUUGAUGAUCCUGUACCACCAAACGCUAUCAUCGAACGUCUCCUUGAUGUCAACUCGCUACUCUCUUCAGCAUUGUCGGGCAGAGAAAAGCCAAAUGCACUUAUUAAGCGUCUGCCAGAAUUAAAUGGCUAUUUAGAACCUGUUCCUGAAGGUUUUGAUAUACCUAUAAGUGCUAAAGCACAAUUGCUGCUAACAAUGGAGCCAGAAAUUAUAGAGAAUGAUAAACUGUUAACGAAAGUGCAGGAGCUAGCACCUAUAUUAGAGUCAGAACGUAUAAAAAAUGUUCCUGAAUUAAAUAGUACAUUUAAUAAGAUUUCAUUGUCGUAUCUCAAAGCUUACGAGGAUUCUAAAGAAUUAAGCACGCAUAUACAUGAUCUUUUAUCUAAAUAUAAUGCAGUCAUAAGUAGUAUAUCAGAAUCACUAAUUACUUUAGAUGCUGCGGUUACAGCUGCUGAAAUAGCAGCUAAACCAAAGAAACAGAUAGAUGAUUGAAAAGAAAUAAUUGUUUUGUCUAAUUAAUGUUAAUUUAUUGUGCAAAUCAUAUUUAAUUUCAGUGUUAUAGUGCAAAUUCAGUUUUAUCUUUAAUUAUUUUAAAUUAUUUAG